AUGGUCAUAAGUUGCAACGCAUUUCAGAAGGAGUCAGCUAAUGACGAUCUCUCAGUCGCUAAUUUGACUUCAUUAAAUGAAAUCACUCAACAGAGUUCGGAUGAGAUUUGCCACUUUAUCAUUUUCCGAUGCUUACAUUUCCGAUACUUAUUUGUGGACGUUGAAGACUUUUUUGCCUCCAGUGGACGAAAAAUAGCCAUAAGCUGUGCAGAAGCAAACGAAGAGCAGAAAAUGGUGCGAACAGUUACAGAUAAGUUUAACGGUUGGCGGUGA